AUGAAGAAUUUAGCGGUGCUUCAACUUGGUCGUUGGCAAGAUCCCCCUUUCCAUCACAUUGAAGUGGCGAGUGAAGACUUCCUGAAAGAGCUGAAGGAUCAGAAGCAACUGAAGUAUCUUAGUCUUCGCGGGAUUUCAAGAAUACCCGAGUUGCCACCCUCCAUUGCUCAACUUGGGAACCUAGAAAUUCUUGAUCUCAAAGCAUGCCACAAUUUGGAAGCAUUGCCUAGUGACAUUGCAUCAAUGAGAAGUCUCACACACCUUGAUGUGUCUGAAUGUUACUUGUUAGACAGCAUGCCAAAGGGGAUUGAGAAACUAACUCAGCUCCAAGUACUCAAGGGGUUUGUAAUAGGAACUUCCAGCAAGACACCCUGUAGAAUAACAGAUCUUGCAAAUUUGAAGAAACUAAAGAGACUCAGCAUACACAUUGGAAGUGAGGCUGUGAUACAAGAAAAUGAAUUUGAAGGCUUGAAAGAUUUGAUAGCAGUUAAGUGUCUCAAAAUAUCAUGGGGCACUGUGUCUGACAGAAGGUAUAGUGAUAUUCAGGUCAUUUUCCCAUCAAGUUUGGAAAAGUUGGAACUUGAAGGCUUUCCCGCAUUCACAAUUCCUGAGUGGUUGAAGCCUAGCAGGCUUCCUCAGAAGUUGAAGAAGCUGUAUAUAAAGGGAGGAAAACUCAAGAGCUUGGAUCAUGGUGAGAUAUGUCAUAAGUGGCAUGUGGAGAUUCUGCGUCUCCAGUACCUAAAUCAGCUUCAACUUGAAGAGCGAAAAUUGCAUAAGCUGUUUCCUUCACUGAGGUAUGUGGAGAGAACAAUGGUCCUGAAUCAUUCUUACCCGGAAUGGAGACUUGAAGAGUGA